AUGACAUUGAAUGAGGUAUCCACGUCGAGAGCCCACAUGCACUUUGGGGACGUUAGUGACCAAAUCACUGGAGCAGUUGUUUUUGCAGAAUUUAUAAAUCCAUAUGGAAUCCGUUCCUCGUCCCAGACUCAGAAUGAUUCUGAUUCUUCGUCUGAAAGAUUAUCUCAGUUUGGCACAGCGCGUGAUUAUCACGAUUUUGAUAUGCAAAAUGAGCCAUAUUGGUAUAAUGAAAAGGAUGAUGAUCACUUCAUGACUCCUAAUUUUGAAGGGCCGGAUUUCUUCGCGUGUCAAAGUGAGGAUAAGUUUGUCAUGACAGCAGAAACGGAAAACCAGCAUGGCAAUUUGGAGCUUAGUUACAACAAUGAGGAGUUUCGAUUAGAGGGAAAUAGUAAUGGUGGUUACAUGGACAAGGCAUGCCUUUAUAAUCAUUCCUCUGUGGGGGAUGGAACUGUGACUUUUUCAGAAGGCAAUUGUCAUGUUGAUAGCAAUGACCAGUUUAAAGGGGAAUUAGAGGGCAAGGCUAAAAAUCACACUGUUUCCUGUAGUUGUGAAGUUCCAUUUUGCAAAAGCAGUCCAGGUUCAGGAGAAUCUUGCAGUUUGGAUCCUACAAACUUCAGCUACCCUAAUUUGAAGGAAAUCCGUCUGAAUGAUUUUCACUUGAAGGUUGUUGGGGACAUUAACUCUUUUGAUUCUACUUCAGAGCUAACUGUGAAUCAAAGUUUUGACUACUACACUAAAAAUGACAGCAAUAAGGAGUACAAGGGUCCCUAUGACUUAACUAUCAAAGUUACUGAAAAAGAUCUAACAAAUGGACUUGACACCUAUGAAGCAGAUGAUGGAGAAUUAGCUGAAGAGUGUCAAGAUCAAGAAGUUGCUGCAGAUGGAGAUGAUACUACAGAUGAUGAGCUCUUAAAGUAUACUCAAGAGGAAGAAUACGAAGUAUUUGAUCUGAGAAUUAUACAUAGAAAGAACAGGACUGGAUUUGAAGAAAACAAGGAACUGCCCAUUGUGCUAAAUACAGUGUUGGCUGGAAGGUAUUAUGUAACAGAAUAUCUUGGUUCAGCUGCCUUCAGUAGGGUUGUUCAGGCACAUGAUCUUCAGACGGGAAUAGAUGUUUGCUUGAAGAUUAUUAAAAAUGACAAAGACUUUUUUGAUCAAAGUUUGGAUGAAAUCAAGCUUCUAAAACUUGUCAACAAGCAUGACCCAGCAGAUAAACACCACAUUUUGCGCCUUUAUGACUAUUUCUACCAUCAGGAGCAUUUAUUCAUCGUAACUGAACUUCUGCGGGCAAACUUAUAUGAAUUUCAGAAAUUCAACCAAGAAUCUGAAGGGGAAGCCUAUUUUACAUUGAACAGAUUGCAGGUUUGUUCACACAGAACAAUACUUUUUGUACCUCUUACACAUGAUUACUUAUUCAGUUGUUAUAUUGCAAGAGUUAGUUGUCUAGACUCUAAAGAACCCUUGAUCCUUUACACCUGCAUGCUGACCAAUAUAUGUGCCUCCUGUUAA